AUGGAGCCCCCGUGCGAUCCCGAACCCAAUGCUUCGGCCUUAGCCGCGGCGCCGCUGCACGCCCCAGAGGCGGCGCGACUCCGUGAGGAGCAGGCAAAGGUGGUCACUAACUGCCAAGAGAGAAUCCAGAGUUGGAAGACGGUGGAUGAUGACUAUAAUGCUCUUCAAGAAAGACUUAAUACCUUGCCCCAUAAGCUCUCUUACAAUAUUAUGGUACCAUUUGGCCCCUUUGCCUUCAUGCCAGGAAAACUUGUCCAUACCAAUGAAGUGACUGUUUUACUUGGGGACAACUGGUUUGCAAAGUGCUCUGCAAAGCAGGCUGUAGAUUUAGUUGAGCACUGGAAAUAACAUAUAAGAAAAACAAUAGAUGACUUAAAAAAAGUGAUGAAAAAUUUUGAAUCCAGAGUAGAAUUCACUGAAGAUUUACAGAAAAUGAGUGAUGCUGCAGGUGAUAUUGUUGACAUAAGGGAAGAAAUUAAUGACUUUGAAUUUAAAGGAAAACAGCGAAUUGCUCAUAAACCUCAUUCUAAACCAAAAACUUCAGAUAUUUUUGAAGCAGAUUUUGCUAAUAAUGUAAAAUCCAAGAAUUUUCUUGCUGAUACAGAACUGUGGGCUCGACUUGAGGAACUAGAGAGACAAGAGAAAUUACUGGGUGAACUUUACAGUAAACCUGACACUGUGAUUACAAAUGGAGAAGAGACAACCUCUUCUGAAGAGGAGAAGGAAGAUGAGAACACAAAUAUAACUGUGAUGCAGCAAGUAACAGACCUCCUUACUCCUAGCAGUUGUCCUAAAGGUGUUGCAAGUUCCAAACUACUCAGUGGUCAGGUGAAUGGUAAAUUGAACUGUUCAGUGAAUGGCUCAGAUUCUUAUCACAGUAAUGAAGAAGAAGAGGAAGAAGAAGAAGAAGAUGGUGGUGAUGGUAGUGAUUAUGACAAUGACCAUGAUGCUUUGGGGACUGGAGAUAAUUCUGUACCAACAAUAUACUUUUCUCAUACUGUUGAACCUAUGAGGGUUCGAAUAAAUACUGGAAAAAAUACAACUUUACAAUUCAGCGAAAAGAAAGAGGAAGCCAAACGUAAACGAAAUAAUAGCUCUGGCAGUGGUCAUUCUGCCCAUGACUUGCCUACAAUUAGAACUCCUGCUGACAUUUACAGAGUUUUUGUUGAUGUUGUGAAUGGAGAGUAUGUCCCUCAUAAAUCAAUUCUCAAGUCUCGAAGCAGAGAGAACAGAGUGUAAAGUGAUACCAGUGAGAGCAGUGCUGCCGAAUAUGAUGAAAGGCAGGGAGUUUUGAGGAGUAUUAGCUGUGAAGAAGCCACUUGCAGUGACACCAGUGAGAGCAUUUUGGAAGAAGUACCACAAGAAAAUGAUCAAAGGAAAUCUUGGCCCUCAUUGGGAGCACCUGAGGCUUUUUCUGGAACUGUAAUAGAAAAAGAAUUUUUAUCAGCCUCCUUAACACCACACCCAGCCAUUGCUCACCCUGCACUACCCACCAUUCCAGAAAGAAAAGAAAUUUUGUCAGAAGCAUCAGAGGAAAGUGAAAAAAGGGUUUCAAAGUUCAAAGCUGUCAGAUUGCAACAGAAAAGCUAGGAAAUGGGAGUUUACAUCCUAAGACCUACUUGUACAUUCUUAGAAUAUACACAGCAAAAUAUGUUACAUGUAGUUUGAACUAAGGCAUCCCAAGUUAGUUUGGCAGCAACUUUUUUUUACCCUUAUCAGUGAGUCAUACUAAAAUUCAAAGUAAAUGUUUGAGUACUUUAAUAUUCUGCUUGUUUGUUAAUUCUCUCAAUACUGUCUAAGUUGGUCUUAUGAUUCAGUGGUAGCAUUUCAAAUU